AUGGGCUGGAAGGCUACCCCUAUUGAGGAUAAGGGGAAGGCCAAAGAAACCACCAAGAUUGGCAAAGACUCCAAGUACCAAUUGGGAAAAGAAAAUAAACCCCUGUUCACAAUUCCAAUCACACCAGAGAAACAAGCAGAUACUUUAGAAGUCCUGAUAGACUCAGGUGCCACAUCCUCAUUCCUCCACCCUUGUACAGCAGAACUACUCUGCCUACCCUUAAUAGACCUCCCUUCACCCUGCACCAUUACCAUGCUUGAUGGGUUGAGCCCCCAGGCAGGAAAAAUCUGGAAAAAGGCAAACUUAACUUUUUCCUUUGAUGGCAAACAGAUGACCAAGACCUUCCUCAUAUGUAAUACAGGGUCUCACACCACUAUCUUGGGAUUAAAGUGGUUGGAUGCCCAUAACCUGGAAAUCAAUUGGAAUAUGCACACCCUCACCUUUCCUCACACCCCACCAAAACACAUGGCUGUUGCCAAGGAAGAAGAAGCUGACAAGAACCCCCUUGAAGGAGUACCCUUGGAAUACCAUCAAUAUGCUAAGGUAUUUGGAGAGGAAGAAUUCAACAAGCUUCCCCCUCACUGGCAUUACAACAUUGGGAUUGAACUUACCAAAGAUGGACCCCUCAACUUGCCCCUCUAUAGCAUGACAGACGCCAAGUCCUCUACACUCAAGGACUGGCUCAGGGAUGAAUUGAAAGCUGGAAAAAUCCAACCCAGCAAAUCCUCCAUCAGUUCACCAGUCAUGUUUGUUCCAAAAAAGGAUGGUUCCCAAAGGCUAGUUGUUGACUACUGUUGCCUCAAUAACCAGACAAAAAAGAACGUUUACCCACUGCCCCAACCAGAUGAUCUUAUGGCCCAGCUUGGUGGUGCCAAGGUCUUUACUAAGUUGGAUCUGCAAUGGGGUUACAACAAUGUCCAAGUAAAGGAAGGCAACAAAUGGAAGACCACUUUUUGUACCAAAUAUGGUCUCUACAAAUCACUGGUUAUGACUGGUGUACAACACCUAACAAAUGCCCCUGCUGCCUUCCAGCACUUCAUGAACAAACUAUUCAAGGACCUACUGGACAAAUGCGUCAUCAUCUACUUAGAUGACAUCCUAAUUUACUCAAAGGAUGAUGCUGCCCAUGCUAAGCAUGUUCACAAAGUACUCUGCUGGUUAAUGGAUAACCAAUUGUUCUGCAAGGCAUCAAAAUGCGCCUUCCAUGUCACUUCUGUGGAAUACUUAGGAAUCAUUGUCUCUGAUAAAGGUUUCAGCCUGGAUAAGCUCAAAAUCCAGGCAGUUCAGGAAUGGCUGGUGCCCACAAAGGUCAAAGAAGUCCAGUUGUUCUUAGGAUUUGCCAACUUCUUAUGUUGA